GGCCCAUUAGCACAACACAUGAAAUGCCGACAGCGGCUGACAUGCAACUCGCUGCAGCUAUUGGCUCUAAAGGAACAAGCACGUGCACAGUUACAGCAUUGGUUUUGCUGCCAGCUUCAGCUCAGUCGUUACUGGCAGUCAAAUGAAAACAUUAUAGAAAAUUGUUUAAGGCAUCACGCUGAAUAUCUACGCACCAUGUGA